AUGGCUCGCCUGGUCCUCGGUCUGAUGAGCUGUACCCUCUUCGUAGCAGUUAAUGGUCUCUAUUCAUCUAGUGACGAUGUCAUCGAAUUAACGCCGUCAAAUUUCAACCGAGAAGUCAUCCAAAGUGAUAGUUUGUGGCUCGUAGAAUUCUAUGCUCCUUGGUGUGGCCACUGCCAAAGGUUGACACCGGAGUGGAAGAAGGUAGCAACUGCAUUAAAAGAUGUGGUGAAGGUUGGCGCGGUCGACGCAGACAAGCAUCAGUCCCUGGGCGGGCAGUACGGCGUGCAGGGCUUUCCCACCAUCAAGAUCUUCGGCUCCAACAAAAACAGACCCGAAGAUUAUCAGGGUGGCAGGACGGGUGAAGCCAUCGUGGACGCCGCUCUCAGCGCUCUGCGCCAGCUCGUGAAGGAUCGCCUGGGGGGCCGCGGGGGUGGCUAUAGUUCUGGAAAACAAGGUAGAAGCGAAGGUUCGGGUAAGAAGGACGUGAUUGAGCUGACGGACGACACCUUUGAUAAGAACGUUCUCGACAGCGAAGAUGUUUGGAUGGUUGAGUUCUAUGCUCCUUGGUGUGGACACUGCAAAAAUCUAGAGCCAGAGUGGGCCGCGGCAGCCACGGAGGUGAAGGAGCAGACCAAGGGCAAGGUGAAGCUCGCGGCCGUGGACGCCACCGUGAACCAGGUCCUCGCCAGCCGGUACGGGAUCAGAGGAUUUCCUACCAUCAAGAUCUUUCAGAAGGGCGAGUCCCCCGUGGAUUACGACGGGGGGCGGACGCGGUCCGACAUCGUUACCCGGGCUCUUGAUCUGUUUUCGGAUAACGCCCCGCCCCCUGAGCUGCUCGAGAUCAUCAGCGAGGACGUCGCCAAGAAGUCGUGCGAGGAGCACCAGCUCUGCGUGGUGGCCGUGCUGCCGCAUAUUCUCGACACGGGAGCUGCAGGCAGAAAUUCUUACUUGGAAGUUCUUCUGAAGCUGGCAGACAAGUACAAAAAGAAAAUGUGGGGGUGGCUGUGGACAGAGGCCGGAGCCCAGACCGAACUGGAGCACGCGCUGGGCAUCGGAGGCUUUGGCUACCCUGCCAUGGCUGCCAUCAACGCCCGCAAGAUGAAGUUUGCUCUGCUAAAAGGAUCUUUCAGUGAGCAAGGCAUUAACGAGUUUCUCAGGGAGCUGUCUUUCGGGCGCGGGUCCACGGCGCCCGUGGGAGGCGGGGCGUUCCCGGCCAUCAGCACCAGGGAGCCUUGGGACGGCAAGGAUGGCGAGCUUCCCGUGGAAGACGACAUCGACCUGAGCGACGUGGAGCUGGACGACCUGGAGAAGGAUGAGUUGUGA